ACCUUUGACGUUUCUUCCCGCUCGCGCAAUCUUCCUCUUUGUUGCGCCCAGUUUAUCAACGUCGCAGCCAAAGGAAUGAAAAAUCAAUAAUACAGCUUUGCUCCCAUUCAAAGUCGAGAUCCACCAAGGAACAAAUCAUCACUAUCAUCGGAAAGAAGCGCGCCGUACGUGUGUGUGUCUUUGUGCAUUUGUGAGAGAAACCAGCGUUCCCCAGUACCGUGUGAAAUUAAAAUAAACCCCGUCAAAAUACAUCCACGAUGGCCGACAACGAGCAGAAAGCGAUGCAGCUGAUUGCGGAAGCGGAGAAAAAGUUAAACUCAUCGAAAAGUUUCUUCGGAUCACUAUUCGGCGGUGGUUCGAACAAGGUGGAGGAAGCGGUAGAAUGUUACCAGCGGGCGGCAAACAUGUUCAAAAUGGCCAAAAAGUGGAGCCAGGCAGGAUCGGCCUUCUGCGAGGCUGCCAAUCUGCAUGCCAAGGCGGGCAGCCGACACGAUGCGGCCACCAACUACGUGGACGCAUCGAACUGUUAUAAAAAGACCGAUCCAAAUGAAGCUGUGAACUGCCUGCUAAAGGCGAUUGAUAUUUACACCGACAUGGGCCGAUUCACAAUGGCCGCAAAACAUCACCAGAGCAUUGCAGAGAUGUACGAAAAUGAAGCAAACGAUCUGCAACGAGCCGUACAGCAUUACGAACAGGCGGCCGAUUACUUCAAGGGCGAAGAAUCCACCAGCUCGGCCAACAAGUGCAUGCUGAAGGUGGCCCAAUACGCGGCCCAGCUGGAGGACUACGAGAAAGCGAUACAGAUCUACGAGCAGGUGGCCGGUUCGUGUCUGGACAGCUCGCUGCUGAAGUACAGCGCCAAAGAGUACUUCUUCCGUGCGGCCCUGUGCCAUCUGAGCGUGGAUCUGCUCAAUGCACAGCACGCGAUGGAGAAAUACGCACAACAGUACCCAGCAUUCCAGGACUCGCGAGAAUACAAGCUAGUGAAGACGCUCUGCGAACAUCUGGAGGAGCAGAACGUGGACGGGUUCACCGAGGCGGUCAAGGAGUACGACAGCAUCUCCCGGCUGGACCAGUGGUACACCACGAUCCUGCUGCGAAUCAAGAAGCAGGCCAACGACAAUCCGGACCUCCGAUAAGCGGCUUACACCAAACGAACUAUAUCUAUCACAACCAUCGCUCGCUCGAUUGGUCUCCCGCUUUGUGCGCCCUGUGCGCCCUCUGUGCUUAGCGAUGGUGGCAAUCUUCUACAUAUGUACGCGGCACCGCAAACCGUCGUUAUUUAAUUUUGGGGACCGCGUAUGUUGGGUUCAUAAAAAAAAACACUUUUACUCUAGCUUUAUGUUUUACAUUUUCCUUUCUUCAACGGUCGGUUCUGAUAAUGACGGUACACAUAUGGGAACGGUGCGUAAGACAAAAUUUUAACCCUCCUUCUCUCUAUCCCACUGGAAAACUCACAUGGUACACAGAAGAAAAAAAAAAACAUUUUAUCCUCUCUAAAAGCGAAGUACUAUAACGAAGAAAAAAAAACAAAAUCAGAAUGGCUAAAACUGUAAAGAAAACAAAGCUAUAUCGAAACCACCACCACCAGGUCACUCUCUUUCUUUUAAGUGUGUAAUUAGCAUUGCCACCAAUAUCCUCCUCGUUUAGCACAGGGUCACACGCUGAUCGAUCGUUCUCCCUCACCACUCCCCUUAUUAAUUGCGAUUAACGCAUACCGCAAGCGUUGAGUCUUACUCUCUGCUAGCCAGCUUAUUAUACUUUUUGUUUUGUUAAUAAAUUUAACUGCACUCUAUAUGUAGGUAUUAGGGACGUUUAGCAACGGACACAAGGACACGUGUGUACGCGCGCGUGAAUUGGGAUUGUGAGUGGUGUAAUUGAGCGGAACACACAUCGUUUGCAGUGCAGAUGCUUUCGUCCUCUGCUUUGCGAGGAACCUGGUUUUUGCCGCGGAUUAUAAAUUACCAGCCUGCCAGUAUAACAUAGCAAAAAGUAAAACACCGUUCAAUAGGCUAGUGAAUGCGAUCCUUUCGGGUUUUUGGGCGCGACGGCGGUGUAGUGAUCCGGGAAGGGACGUCAAAGGGCGCUUCGAAACGAUGGGGGGGGGGGGAGGGCAUUACCAAGUAAAAAUAGUCAUGAUUCGCUACUCAAUUCGACAUAUAGGAAAGAGAUAUAGGAAUUCUAGUAAACAAAGCAACAAACAACUAACACAAGUAUGUAUCUUCUCAACAACACCCCCAGCAAAAUAAUGGCAGCGAGAAAUUUAGAAUCAAUCACAUUGUUACUACCAUUAUACUAUAAAUAUUUGCGUGUGCGUGUGUGUGUGGCGUGCGUACGCUGGCUCGUGUGCAAAUUAUUAGAUCCCUGUUUGCCACGCGUAAGUGAGUGAUCUACCACCUCCAGGAUCCUAACACCGUAUGCUGUGUGGCGGUGCUAAAGGCGCUAUAAAGACACACACACACACACACAACGAUCAGUAAGAUAAAUAGCGAAGCACUAGCGAAAAAAUAACGUUAAAAUGAAGGCCUGAUGGCAUUUGGAAGGCCUGCAAUUAUCACUUUCUUGCUAACGAAAAAAAACACACACACACACACCCACAAAGCAACACAACAUUAAACUAUUAUUAAUGUAAACGAAGUCGGAAAGCGGAGGCAAUUGAAAAAAAGCAGCAUAUAAUGUACUCUCGAUAAUAUGCGCCACAGACAGAACAACUUACAACACAUAGGAAGACAGUGAAGAAAGAAGGUAGGGAGGGGGGGGGGGUCAUGAUGAGAGCGCGCAGUGGAGGAAAAAAAACACAAACACACACAAAACUAUACUAACGAUUACAUGUUUCCAAUUGAAUUGCAAUAACAAACUACCGUGAAUGAAGUCAAUAAAAUAAAAUCAACGCUAUAAAC